AUGACGGAAAAAAGUGACUUUACGGGUACAGCCGAGAGCCGCCUGCUUGAAGCAAAGGAUGCAGCGUUUAACGAUGUCCAAUCAAAGCAGCCGGAAAAAAUUUCCGAUAAGAUGGUACUCACAAAUUGGCUAACAAGACGGCUUAAUCGGGCCGAAACUCAAUUGAUAAGCUUGGGCUGCAAUUUUGGUGGAUCAGACACUGGAGAGAAUCCUGGUUUGUUGCGUGAAUGUCAUACAGGCGAUGCCGAAUGUCAUUGUCCAAUCAAUGUGCCGAAUGACAGCGACAAAGAGUACGUUCACUAUGAGUGCCUGCAGCCGCCUGUUAGCGUUUUAUCGCGUCAAAACCUCAUGUGCGAUUGCCACAAACGACCUCAACUAAGACGGCUGAACUGGUCAGACCUUCGGUUUAUUGUGGUCACUGUCGAGAAUGGCUUGCUUUGGAACAUGACCAAGGCGAUGGACGCUAAGAUAGCGGCUGCAGUAACCGGCAUUUCGUGUGAUGUAAUAGCGGCCGUCACCAUCAAGUGUAAAGAUGGCAUCCGGAAGUUGAAGCCUAGACAUUUCAUCAUCGCAGGUCAUGACCUUCAGCCGGAGGAAAAGGCAAGCGUUGGUUCUGCGAAGACUAAGUCACACGGAGCAAAACCGCAAGAACAUUUGUCGAAGUAUUGGUCAUUCCUAGCUGACCGCGGCCGGCACGAACGAGUGACCGGCAGUUCUGGACGACAGUCACCGCUGAUCUGUUAA